UUACUCUGGAUCAUUAUACCUGUGAUCAACACUGCGGCCUCCAGGUGUUUUGUCCCCGUCUCUAUAGAGACAGGUGAAGGAUCAUUUUACAGGUGAGACGCUGGUGUUGUUUCAGAGUUUGGGCUGAGAACAGUUUGCCUGUCAGCACCUUUCUCUCUGCCUCUCACUGUGGACUUGCCUUCACUCCAGCUCCAGCUCAUUUAUCUCUUGAUGUCAACCGAGAGCAACUUCAAGCUGUUCUAAAUGCGACUUCUAGAAAAAUGGGCCAAAUACAUGAAGAACACAGACAGCAUCAGUCAGGAAAUCAAACCAUCUGGAACCCAACAGGUCUGAUCACAGCUUCUGCCCAUGCCUGAACAUGACCUGCCUGACAGAGUAAAAAAAAUUAUCUAAUUUUUGGUAACGAGUAGGAACAGCUGCCAUAUUGGGAUUUGAAUCUGUGCACCCAUUGCAUUAAUCUGGGCCUCUGGAUUACCAGUCCACUGACAAUAUGCUUUGUGUAGAUGGUCGACAGACUUUGGGGAGUCAGGAGGCAUCUGUGAAUCUAAGCAGCAGGAAUUUGGAGAACAAUGUCAGGACCCAGGAGGAGAUUGAACCCCAGCCCCAAUCCCCCCCUGAGACCUCAGCGCCUGCCCCUGAGACGCUGCCACCCCGAGGUACCUGGGGUGGGAAGCAUGAGUUCUUGCUGUCCUGUAUCGGAUACUGUGUGGGACUGGGCAACGUGUGGAGGUUCCCAUAUCUCUGUUAUCGCAAUGGGGGAGGUGUGUUCCUGAUUCCAUACUGCAUCAUGAUGCUGUUUACAGGGCUGCCACUCUUCCUCAUGGAGCUGAGUCUGGGACAGUACGGAGGAGCUGGACCGAUACAUGUGUGGAAAUGCUGCCCUCUGCUGAAAGGGAUUGGGAUUGGGAUGCUUGUUGUUGCCUCUUUGGUUUCUCUUUACUACAACGUGAUUAUUGCCUGGACGUUCUUCUAUCUGGGAAACUCCUUCCAGAACCCUCUGCCUUGGUCCUGUGAGGCUCCAGCAAACUUUCACCUGUGUCAGAAUUUAACUGCUAACCAAACUCAUCAGAGUGCCAGUGAAGUUUUCUGGAAUGAACGUACCCUGGGACUGUCCAGGAGCACAGGCCUACAUGACCCAGGCCCUGUUCGCUGGGAACUGGCGAUUUGCCUUCUGGCUGCCUGGGUUAUUAUCUUCUUCUGCUGCCUGAAAGGGAUCCGCAGCUCAGGCAAGGUGGUUUACAUAACGGCGACGUUUCCCUACCUGGUGCUGAUUGUACUGAUCAUCCGGGGUGCCACACUCAAAGGCUCCUUACAGGGGGUGGAGUUCUACCUCAGCACCAACUGGAAGCGUCUGGGUAGCGCUCAGGUGUGGAACGAUGCUGCCUCCCAGAUAUUCUACUCCUUAGGGAUCGGUUUUGGAGGCUUACUUUCAAUGGCAUCUUACAACAAGUUUGACAACAACGUUGUCAGGGACACUCUCAUCAUUGUAACUGGCAACUGCAUCACCAGCUUCUUUGCAGGAUUUGCAAUAUUUUCCAUCCUGGGUCACAUGGCGUGGAAGAAGGGUGUAGCUGUGGAAGAUGUUGCAGAUUCUGGUCCCGGGUUGGCAUUUGUUGCUUACCCAGAAGCCCUUGCCCUGCUGCCUGGUUCGUUCUUUUGGUCGAUCCUGUUUUUCCUGAUGCUCUUCACCCUGGGGAUCGAUACGCUGUUUGGUAACAUGGAGGGAAUCACCACGGCGUUCCUGGAUGAGUUCCCAGUGUUACGGAAUGGCAAGUGGAAGGUGAUGUUCCUUGCUGCACUCUGCUUCAGCUUCUACCUCCUGGGAUUGCUGCUUAUCACUGAGGGUGGUAUCUACUGGUUCACUCUCAUCGAUUCGUACAGCACCAGCUUCGGACUCAUCAUCAUCACCCUCUUCAUGUGCCUGGGGAUUGCAUUUUUCUACGGCGUUAACCAAUUCUGUAAUGACAUUAUCGACAUGAUCUGCCUUUGUCCACCCUGGUGCAGCAAGCUGUUGCUCUAUUUCAAGGCAUGUUGGGCCCUCUUCACACCACUGCUGCUCUUGUUCAUCCUGAUGUACGUAUUUAUUGAGAUGUACAACACUCCCCUGCACUAUGGCCCCUAUGAGUUCCCGGUGUGGGGGAAGGCACUAGGAGUCUGUCUCGGGGUGCUCUGCUGCAUACAGAUCCCAUUCUGGGCUGUGGUUGCUGUACUGAAGGAGUCUGGAACAUGGCGAGAUCGGUUUAGGAAAGCCAUCCGACCCCUGAACUCCUGGAAGGUCACUGGGGGUGACCGGACAUUCACGCAUCAAACGGUCGAUGUGCCGUUCUCAGUGACGCUGACUGAACACGACAUGAACGAGAUGCAAGCCUGAGAGCCCCAACUCGGCCAGCAACAGUGACGAUCUUCACACCGGGGGAGAGCGGGGAGGUGGAGGCUGGGGAUUCGGCCACAGAUCAUCCCCUGGAAGACAGAGGCGGACCGCGUCCUGUUGAGGGAUUCCCCCUCCCCCCUGGUUACACUUCCGUUCAGGGAACACCGGACAAUGCGGGACUGCUACAGUGCUGCCACUCGCGAGUGGAGUUUACCCAGACUGGGAACUAAACCCCCUCCCCCUCCCUACCCACACGCCCAACUCCCAGCUCCCAGGAGGUCCUCGUAUCCCGGAAGGCGACUCUCCAUCAUCAACACCUUCCUUCCUGCAGGAAGACAAAACAGAAUCACUCCAAAUGUUCCGGCCUCACUAGGAGACCUUGCCAUUGUGGUGCCAACAGCACACACCAGUUAAGCGGAUAAGCUGUGACCUUUUCUCUCCACAAAGACUGUCAAAUUCUUGCAGCUUCCACUUCUUGCUGGGGGUGGAGUUUACCUCGUCUCCCGUCUCCUGAAGGCACUGACUGUUGUAAUGUAGGAAAAGCAGCAGCCAAUUUGCACACAGCAAGAUCCCUGAACAGCAGCAAAAUAAAUGAGCAGAUAAUCUUG